CAGAAGGAAUUGGACAUGGGGAGUUUCAGAGGCCAUGCCAUUCCUGGGAGCUUCUUCUUUGUCAUGGGUUUUUGGUGGAGUAUAAGGUAUUCUCUAAAGCAUGUUUGCAGAAAGCAGAAGCGGACUUCUUAUUUUCAUUCCAAAACACUUUUCCAGCGAAUAGAAUUUGUGGAAGGCAUUGUAGUAAUCAUCAUGACAGCCUUUGGCAUGAUUGCAGAACAACUGACAGUUGGUGGGCCCCAUUGGUCUUUAUAUGAUUAUAAAGAGGACCAGUGGGUUAGUCUCCUUAGUUGGCAUCAUUUCAACAUGUAUUUCUUUUUUGGACUGAUGGGUGUAUCUCAAGUCUUAUGUUUUAUUUUUACUUCAAUUCCAAGCUCCUUACCCAUGUUAAUGUUCGCAAAUGGUUUAUUUGUGGAGGCAUUUAUCUUCUACAACCAUACUCAUGGCCGGGAAAUGCUGGACAUUUAUAUGCAUCAGCUGCUGGUCUUGAUCAUAUUUAUAUCUGGCCUGGUUACCUUAAUGGGGUUCUUCACAAAGAACAUACUUCUGGAGCAUCUGCGGAUAGGCUUUCUUAUGUUUCAGGGAACCUGGUUCUGGCAGAUUGGCUUUGUCCUUUAUCCCCUAAGUGGAGGUCCUUCUUGGAAUCAAACAGACCAUGACAACAUUAAGUUUCUUGCCGUAUGCUUUUGUUGGCAUUAUGCAUCAUCGCUUAUCAUCGUUGGUGUGAAUUAUGCCUUUGUCAGUUGGUUGGUUACAACACGACUGAAAAGAUCCUGCCCCUCAGAAGUGGGACUUCUGAAGAAUGCAGAACCAGAAUCAGAAGAAGAGAUGUGA